AUGUCAAAGAUUGCGAAUCUUGAUUUCAGUGCUUUGAAAAGCAAUGGUGACAACUACUUGGAAUGGGCGCUUGAUGCAAAGAUCAUGCUGCGAUCAAAAGAUCUUGGUGACACAAUCACCGAAGACAACAAUUCCAGUGACAAAGACAAGUAUAGAGCUAUCUACAUGAUACGCCACCAUCUCCAAGAGAACUUGAAAACUCAGUACAUGACCAUGGAAAAUCCAUAUGACCUUUGGAUCGCUUUACAGCGAAGAUAUGACCACCAGAAAACGGUGUUGCUUCCAAAGACUCAAUAUGAUUGGAAACACAUAAGGUUCUUGGACUACAAAUCAGUAGACGAGUACAACUCAGUCCUGUUCAGAAUUGUGUCAUUGUUAAGGUUAUAUGGUGAAAAAGUAACCGAGGAAGAGAUGCUUAAUAAAACUCUCUCCACGAGUCAGACAAAGUUGAUCACAUGGAGUUUGAAACUUCAGACAUACUGA